UGUACUGUACACAAAUGUCCUGUUUUUUAGCAUAACUCGUUAGUCAGUCAAAUAUACCAUAAUCUGUAUAGAUCAUAUUAACAAAAGUGAAUAUUUUCGCAGGGCAAUGCAGUUAGAUAAUACGAAACGCAUUUCUAAGUGGUAUCAUGGUGGACUUGCAUCAGCAGCUGCAGCAUGCUGUACCCAUCCUUUAGACUUGUUAAAGGUGCAUCUACAAACUCAUCAAGGAACCAGAAUUGGAGGAACACAGAUGGCGGUUAACAUCAUUAGAUCACAAGGAUUAACUGCAUUGUACAAUGGAUUAAGUGCUUCUGUUGGCAGACAGAUAAACCGCGAUUAUGUGAAUUUAAAUUGGUGUAAAUAUGAGAGCGAGGAGCGACGCUAUCAGUAAAUUGGAACCAGCGCAAAUUGCAACAUGAUAAUACAAAGUAUCAGACUGGCCGAGUUUGGACAGUGGCCAAAACACGUCGUUUUUAGGCACCGCGCAAAAAUCAGAGUUUUGUGAAUACCAGUUGCAAGAUAUCGAUUUUACCAAUAAAAUAUUUUAUUUAAAAUUUG